UUUAAAUUAUUAUUGUAUUGUAAAAAAACACCCAUAAGAAAUCGCUCGCCAUAUCUGUGAGAACAGGAAGUUCUGAUCUCGACGAAGUAAUCGGUCAAAAGAGUUUUCACUUCAAAACACGUGUAAGUUGAGUGUCUACAAAACGAAGACCUAAAACCUGUGACCCCAAAAGCUACGACCCCAAAAAUAUUGCCGUUAUUAUUAAACCUACCUUGUUUCCCAAAAUGGCUACACAGCGUUUUCAUGUGGAAUCAGUGAUCUUUAUGAGAUAAUUAGCUAGUUCAAUUUGUUUUCUUUUAAUUGGGAAGGGAAAAGCACUACUUGUGCUUCCAGGUAGUCGUUUCUUAAAACGCUGAUAAACUCAGAAACCCGGAAAGUCACACGGUAAAAUUUUCGGGUUUUUCUUAAAAAAUCUUAAUUGCCCGCCAAAGAGCUAACUUACGGGAAAUCGCUUCAUGUUCUAGUUGUGUCGAGUUGUAGAAAGUUUUCAUCACAGAAAAAAACAUUCCACUGCCCGGUAUAAAGUGGGCUAAUCAAGGCUAACAUCAAUAAGGUUUCAUCUCAGUCUAAUGAUUUGACAUUUAGCUAUCACAGUGCGCCUAAAAAAUAUAAACAGCUUUGCGAAAUUAAGUUUUUCUACAAAAUGAAACUUUAUUUACGUGUUCUUUGUCUUUCAUUUGAAAAAUGCCGAUGCAACGGUAAUGUUUGGCGUGAAAGUUGUCUACAGACAUCGACAAAACUAGGAUUUCAAUAACUACUACUAUAAUCUUCAACAGUCACGACACGUCAAGACACGUCUGAGGUAUGUUUUGAUACUCGUAUAACAAACAAAGCCAUAGCAGGAAUCAGAGGGGGGAAGGGGAGGGGGCAAAAUCACAAAAUAAUCUAAAAACAUGUUUGAAAAAAUAAGAUAAACAUGUUGACAAAAAAAGGCAACAGAAGAAAAUAAGAUGAAAAAAGGAUUUGAUUUGAACAGGGAAGUGCACUUUCCUGAUUUGAACGACUGUUAAAUUCUUUUAUUGGGAAUGAGCUUGUACUCUGAUUACUGCUUUUUUGUUGGUUAUCAUGCAACUUGAAAAAUAAGGCCAUUGCCUAUAGCUUUCACAUACUUUUUGUUGGACUGAUAUUUGGUUGAGAUUAUAAUCAGGGGCGUACGCAGGUUAUAGGCCUGCAGUCACUGGACUGCAAAAAAAUUGGUGAUCUUAUUUGCAUAACGAGGGAAAAAUCAAAUGUUUGCUUAUUCAUUUUUAUGUACGUAGUUUAAUAUAUAUAAUGAGGAAGUCCAUAUCAAGCCUAUUUAUGGCAAUGAUUGCAAUCGCCCAGCGCGUCUGUGACAAAGCGAAGGAAAUGGUGGAAUAUGUCCUUGAACUUCGGAACAAAGGAGAAUCAUCGAAUGAUUCAAUUGAUGUCCUUUUAACCGUGUUAGAUGGUGUGGCGGACAGGCCCUGUACUCUUGAGGCUGCUACAGACGACAUCAAACGCCUUUGUCUGAAAGUUGUGGGGUUCUGGUUCUGGGUGGGGUUGUGUGGGUUCUUCCGCACAUCCCCUCCUCGUCCACUUAUCAGAGCUGUGUGAGGAAGGCAACAUCAGUGAGCCAAAUGAUAGUGAUGAGGAACGGAGCUCAACUAGCGAAGGCGACGAUGAGGAAGAACAUCAAGACAAUUCUCCGUUAUGACUAGAACCGCCGAAAAAGGCGGAUCUCUUACUUGACCUAGAGAAGAUGGAUGAGGCUGCAGCAAUGCUUGCUUUCUUAACAUCAUCUGGGAUACUCCCAAAGAACCACGUGUUUUACGAACAGGUUCAUUCCUUUUGUUCGCGUGCACUAGGCGUUGUAGAGGCCGAGGCGUUCACGGAGCUUUAUCCCGCAUUAACGCGAUUCCAGCGUGCAAUACAGUUCAAUUGCAAGCCUGUCGCUUCUUACCUUCUUUGCGGUCGAGGAAACCACGGCCAAGGGCGACAUGCGGCUCAGACACCUCAAGGCUUCGUUCAGACACAUAAUCUGAGCUUCUUACACCCAAGGACGGUGAUAAGACAUGCCCCGCCUCCACAUCUUGAAGGGCGUGUUUAUGGUGAAGACGUUCUAUUUUGCAUUGAAACAUGUGCAGAGAAAGACGUUGUCGCCAUCAAGAGCAACGAAGUGAAUGGCUACCUGUGUUGUAUCUCCACAGAUGAGAUGGCAAUUAAGCAAGCCUUAGAAUAUUCCCCAUAUCUGAAGUCGGUAGUCGGUCUGGUAGACCCCGACCGUCUUUCGUAUGAUGAAAUUCUACGUAUUAUGACGUCAAGUGAAAGUGUCACCAGCUUCCUAAAGACGCGACAGUUUGUCACUCAAGCAAGAGAAGUAAGAGUGAGCUCUCUUGAUGACAAAAUUAACUUCCUAGUUGGAGUUUUUUACUGCGGGAGCAAGGGAGGUGCGGACACAAUAGAACAUAUGUACCAAGACAUAUUUAGCGCUGUGAAUAGAUGUGCACGUUGUGUUCAAGACGAUCUGGAUUGUAUUUGCCAUUGUGACAUUUGCUUCGAAAAUAAAUCGGUGUGCGCACAGUGCCUCCUGCUUGGACAUAGCGAGUGGUAUCCUCUUCGUCGUCCUUGUCUCGAGUGCCUAAAGGAAAAGGAAAUCCCUUGUAAACGGCUUCUCCCCUUAGUUUGGUCAAAAGAUUGUGACCCCAAACAGAAGUCCUUUAUGAACAGAAUGCUACAGGAUAAAGCUUUAUACCCUUACCAAGUUCCUUUCCCAGACCCACCUCAUAAUAUCAAACGCGUACGGUCAGCGGAAUUUUGGUACUGGGUCGACAUCAAUGGCUAUCUUGUGAAUGUGCGACUUCUUCUGCUUCUCCGAAGAUAGAUGGAAGAAAUGAAAAGAAAUGCCUCAAUGAAGGCUGUCCGCAACAAAGACCGGAUGGACGUUGAGACAGCCAUUGAGAUCCAUAGACAUGGAGUCCAGGCGUCCAUCCCGGACAAACGGAUAACAACCACCUUAGUACCAGAGCUAGAAUUCAAACAGUGGCGAAGAAAUGGCAAAAUUCUCAAGCAUCCAGUUGGAGUGUGUUUUUCACCUUGCCAUAGUAAGCUUUUCGUUAGCGAUCGACAUCAGCAUGCCGUUUAUAUGCUCGAUAUGCACUGUCCGGUAAACGUAACAUUAAUUGCAGGGGGCAAUGGACCAGGUCACGCAAACGGACAAGGAAAGGGAGUGAAAAUGAGAGAUCCUGCUGAUCUAGAUAUCGAUGGAAAAGUUAUCUACGUUUGUGAUCACGGAGAUGGCCGAAUAAGAGUUAUAGACUGCACCUCCCUUUUUUGUCAUUCGUCUAGGCUUAAUCUAGGUUCUGACACGUCUGAGAAUGGAGAUGAGGAUAGAGAUGGGGACGAGGAAUGCGCAACUCGGCGUAUUCGCCAGGUGACAGGGGACCUUACUUUUACAUCUGACUCAGAAGAAUGAAGUCUCCAUUUGGCAUUUGCAGAUCACACAAGGAUCCUUUUACACUCUAUGUAUCGGACAUUUGCGAGCAAAUGUUAUUCUCUAUCACAAAUAUUAAUUCUGAUGCAAAUGGGAACUAUUCUGGACAUCUGAAUGCCAUAUUAUCUUUUGGCCGGACAAGUAUCCUAACGUCGAUAGCGGUUACCAGGGAUGACGAUCACAUUCUUGUUGGAGACUGCAAAGAGAACGCUACUUGUGUCUACGUGUGCUAUCCUGUACACAAAACAAUCACUCGAACAGUUGUAUCAGGUGUUGUGGCACCUACAGGAAUAGCAGUGACCGAGGAAGGAACUGUGUUCGUCUUAUCAAGUAAGAUCAACACGCUGCUUACCAUGACAGAGGUGGAUCUUAUAACCAAUGAUAACACCCCAACAGCAAUCUCUAGUUCAACGGAUGCAGGCCAUUGUGAUGGUUUAAAUGCUCAGUGGAACGCUCCAUCAGGGCUUUGUAGCUACAGUAAUACGAUCUUUGCUUGCGACACUGGUAACAAGGCCGUUAGAAUGGUUACAUCAGCUGUUGGACUGGUGCAUCUCCAGCAGAAUAUGUCGAUGUAUGCCAAUGUGUUCCGCCUGGAUAAGAAGUGUGAGAAAGAGAAUUUCCCCGAGAGGUUUGACGAACACAAAAGACAGAUAGAACAUCUGGUCGCGUUUUUAUUAGAUCAUGAAGAAAAGGCAAAGGAGAGCACGAAUGGCCCUGACAUGACAAUUCCACGUUGCACCCGACAGUCAUUCCAAAUCGCGCUUGACUCACUGACCAGCCUUGCAAACACCUUAACAGAGAUCGGCGAAGAGCGAGUCCUGGAGGAGAUCAGAUUUGCGAGUCUGACAACUCUUUCUGUCGAGUGCAUCUUCAAAGCCAUGCGUGCCGAUUAUGACAUGCCAACUAUGGUGGAGUAUGCUUAUAGACGAGCGCGCUGUGUGGAAGAUGACAUGCUCCGAAUUUACCAGAAGCAUUUUACAUACUUCACAGGGCCGAACUCGUUUUAUCCGGAGAAGAUUAUCUCGGGCGAUCCACCAAGUCUGAUGCAGAGGCCAUCCAAGAAAACGCAGACGAAAGAGGGGACUGGUGAUGAGACGUGCAGAGACCAUGCGGGAAUUUACACGGGAGUAUGGGAGAGGAGUGCGACAAGCAAAUGUCCAAGCUAAGACAAAAAAGCUGACAGGAACCCUUCCAUACUCACUGAGUAUGCUGCCUGACCGAAUCGAAACGGGCUCAGACGACGUGCUAGACUUCGUAAGUGAAGCUCGAUCAACGGUCACAGUAAAUGACACCGGUGGAAGUACCAGGGUGCAGGUCUUGUACUACAAAGACGAAAUCGUCGCCGUCAGACACGAUCGCCGACGGGAGGCAUCUCCGUAUUGGCUCGCCGUUAUGAUGGAAGACGUUUUGGUCAUCGCUGCAACUGGACGAUUCCAGAAGAACAGCGUAACUUUCAGAUGGCUCGAUCAGACUGAUGACCAUCUGAAAUAUACCUUCCACGAGGUAUGCAACGGCAAUUCCCCUAGAUGUCUGCUGGCAAAAGUAGAAAGCCUCACCAUUGAUGACCAGAUCGUAACCAUAACUCCCGAAGAAGACAUUAAAAUUUCGAGAAUUUCGAACGGUGAUGAUCAGACGGUGGAGACACGGGAAGAUGAGAACGAAGAAAGAAAGUGGCUGACAAAUGGAGAGUCUUCUUCUACUCCCACAGAAGCAACAGAAGAGUCGUUUCCGGCGAGAGUGGAAGGGGUUAGUUUAUCAGGACGCAAAACAACGCGUUUCAUUUUACGAUAGUCGACAUCGUCGCCGUCAAACACGAUUGCCGACGGAAAGCAUCUCCGUAUUGGCUCGCCGUUAUGAGGGAAGACGUUCUAGUCAACGCUUCAACUGGACGAUUCCAAAAGAACAGCGUAACUUUCAGAUGGCUCGAUCAGAUUGAUGACCAUCUGAAAUAUACCUUCGACGAGGUAUGCAACGGCAAUUCCCCAGAUCUCUGCUGGCAAAAGUAGAAAGCCUCACCAUUGAUGACCAGACCGCAACCAUAACUCCCGAAGAAGACAUAAUAAUAAUUCAAGUUUAUUCACAUAUGACUUCUCGCAGUGUUUCGACUGAAUUACAGGUAGAGACACAAAGCUAUACUAGCAGCAUUACAUUACAUUAAAGUACUUGUGCGUGACAAAGACUGCAAGCUGGCCGAGCCCCUGCCUGAUCUUAAAGCGUAGGUUAUUUCCCUAGUAAUCGUUCCACAUCAGACACGGAAAGAUGAGAACGAAGAAGGAAAGUGGCUGGCUUUUUCUACCCCCACAGACCCACAGAAGCAACAGAAGAGUUGUUCCCGAGGAGAGUGGAAGGCGUUAGUUUAUCAGGACGCUAAACAACGCGUUUCAUUUUACGAUAGUGAUGUCUACUUUAGUUAUUGUUAUAGGCUCGUGCCAAAAUACUUACCAUGGCUCUCCUAAACUCGCCCUGAUAUUCCACCAAAGCGGGCCACAAUGCCACGGUCAAACAAAAUACCAGAGCCUGAUAAUGUGUUUUGAUAUACAAAGAAGUAGGCAUAUUCUCAGCAAUAUUUAUUGCCCGAUGAGUUAAUAAGGUUUCCUUGAUCUAUUAAAUUUCCAAUUUUUCGACUUAUAUCGAAGCAUAGUUAUCCACGUAACGCACAGACAAAAGAUACAGUAUGCUUUGAUAUGCAGUUUUGUUUUUUGACAGUAAUAAAAAAACUGUUUCUUUUAAAAUUUCUUGAUGUGGUCUACACAACGAGCGACACAACGCAAAACGUUUAUAAAUGGAAUCGAAAGGUAAAAACAAAACUUUACAGGCAUUAGAAAGAUUUAGAACAUAUAGGCACUGGAGGUAUUUAAAAUUUUGUAAAAAACCUGGAACACAAAAAUGGAAUCCGGAAUCCACGGGAAAAAACCCACAUGGAAUACGGAAUCCACACACUAGGAUCCGGAAUCCACAUACUAGGAUCCGGAAUCCAGAACCCUAUUGGAGAACCUGUCAUGGGGCGAUACCAUGGUAUUACAUGAGGUGAGCUCGUUAAUUUUGCUGUUUGGUGCAGGAAAAUGUUUUUACAUAAUUACAAGAUUUUUCCUUGGACAACCCUUAAAGUAGGUGUUACUAAAAUCGAGAAAUUAAACAGAAACUCUGGA